GCCAUGGCACAGCGUCAGCGGUUGCACUGAAUCAUGGGGAUCGAAAGAUAAAGGUUACGGUUUGGCGUCUGUGCUGUCGCUGUGUUUACGCGGAUGAUUAAAGGGAAAUAUAUUUCAACGACCAGUCAUUACAGCGUAGUUUCUGGGAGAGCGGAGAGAACGUUUUCUGUUUUAAUUACGGAUAAGUCGGCUAAAGCUCGAACUAGCUUGCUACUCCUAGCUAACAUUAGCGGUUUGAAUCUACAAUGAAUCUGGUCCCAGCUAUGAAGUUUGGUCGGAGCGAAACAGCAGAAAAAUAGCGGAAAUAAACGAGCAACAGGCAGGUGGGUACUACUAGCAUCCCAGCGGUAAACGCAGCCUUCAGUUUUCACCUACCUGUUGAAUGUAGGUGUAUUUGUUUUAGCCCCGAUACAAGGAGCAGCUCUGCCCCAACAAGCACUAUUAGCUCUCUAAAUGGGUUUACUAAUGUUCUGCUGCUAAUAAUGUGUUAUUUUUUUACUUCGUGUCUUUAUGUAAAUGUGUCUUAUUUGAUUUAUUAUACCUUUCUUGUAAGAAGGCCCCUUCAGUUAUAGAGAAAAUUUGUUUAGUUACUGUUACUUGGCAUGGAUUGUGUCAACAGUCCACCUGCCAAUCACUCAAACUGCAAUGAUCCGAUAAUUUUGUGUCACAAAGAACUGUACUUAAUUGCUGUUGUGUGUAAGAUGAUGCCUUUUAAUUUUGUUUUGACCAAUUUUUAAACACAAAAAGGGAAUAAAAAGACAGCCCAGUAUAAUGGUUGUUAAAAAAGAUAAAGGAAAGAAGAGGCUAAAAACAGCAGAAAUGACCUGGAUGUGACACAUGGGAUUCAGCACACAUUAUCAAACAGACAGCAUGGAAGAAUCAGAAAAAGUCCCUGAAGCGAUUGAGGACAACCGGAUUCUAAGUCGCCAGUCCCGUCGGAGCACAAAUAAAGAGUCUCCAGCAUCAUCGGGGCAGAGGCACAGAAAGAACCAUCAGGGAAAAAUUCACAGAGAAGACACGAUGGUUGAAAGUGUCGACAGCAGAUCAAAAACAGGAACCUGCCGAUCCGAUCCAGAUCGAGACCGGAUUUCAGAUGGAGAGGGUCGGAGAAGUGACGGGUCACUAUAUUCUGAGGACUAUGAGAACGCUACACAGUCGGAACGCUCACUUUCACCUUUCUCCCAGUCACUCACUCCAUCUCCAGUUCUACAGAGAGGUUGCCAGGCAAAGCAGAUUUCUAGAAGUCCACUACACAAACUACGUGGGGUUGGGCGCUGGAAUGCAUCUCGGCCACAGCGACCUGGAGGCCUUCCUGUCACACAGCACCACCGCAAGGGAAAUCGGUCUCAAAGCAAAGAGUCUACACCGCCUAAAGACCUGGAUCUGGUGACCAAGCGGAUGCUUUCAGCCCGCCUACUGAAGAUCAAUGAAUUGCGGAACUCUCUUGCUGAACUAAAGCAGCAGAAUGAUGAACUGAAGAAGGAAAAUAGAACUCUCAGACAGCUUCAGGUACGUCAGGAGAAAGCCCUGCAGCGCUAUGACGACACAGAAAGUGAGAUUUCCCAGCUCCUGGCGCGCCACUCCAAUGAGAUCCAUGUGCUACGGGAGCGACUGCGGCGCACUCAAGAGCGGGAACGGACAGCUGAGCGGCGGUUAAAGGAGAGCGAGGAGCAGUUGCAUCGGAGCCAAGCCACGGUCACGCGACUAAAGAAGCUGGUGGACCAGCAAGAAUUGGGGACCAGAGAUAAGCUAAGUCGUAGCUUUGAAGAGGAGAAAACUCGGGCCCAAGAGGCACAACGUAAAGUCAAGGACUUGGAGCGCAGCAUUGAGCUGAGCAACAACAGUUUUCAGAGGCAGCUUGCUGCAGAGAAGAAGAAGACUAUGAAUUCUCAGGAGGAGGUGAAGAUUUUGCAGGAGGAGCUGGACCGACUGACCAGUAAACUCAAGGAAAAGGAAAGAGAGCUAGAUGCUAAAAACAUUUACUCCAACCGUUUGGUAAAACCAGCAUUACGGAAAGAUGGUGAAAGUAGUACAAAGCAGAAACUCACAGUACUUUACAGCACCAAGGCAGUACAAACUGAAGACAAAAUGUCAAGUCAGGAUUUCCCCUCUCCACCCCCUGCCAUCAGUGACACCAAUGAGUACAGCGGACAGUCAGCUGGCGAAUACCUGUCUUUGAAGGAUCUUAACAGGGUGGACAAACCAGCAGAGUCAAAUAAGGUUUCUCAAAAAACCGAUGAACACAAAACGAGAGGAAGGCAUGAGGAGGAAUUGGUGAGGGAACAGGAGACGCAGCAGAGAGAGGGACUCAACCAGGAGCUGAAUGUCCUCAAAGAGAAGCUGAGCAGACUAAAAAAUGACAUAAAGAAAGAACAGGAAGAGGAUGAGGAUAGCAAGACGUCAAAUUCCCUGUUCAGCCAGAAAGAAGAAGACAACUACUGGAAGCAUGGCCACGUCCAGGAGGAGGUGGCGCGAUGGAACAAAGAAUCUACGUCCAGUCAGCAGGCGACAGAGGAAGCACGUCGAAAGAAAGAGCAGCUGUUGGCUAAGAUGCGAGAAAUAGAUCGUCAAAACCAGGAAGCACAGGACUCUGUGUUCAUUGAGUCACCUCUUUCUGAAUCCAGAAAAAUUAAUAACGUCGCUUCUCCACAUCCACCUGAGGAUAGAAACCGUAACUUUUCGGUUUUCAACCACUCUGAGUCAGAGGAGACAAGAUCGAUGCUGGCUGGAGAUAGAGAAGAUGGAAGGAGGAGACAAAGUGUGGAGCAUGGAGGUUUUACAGCUGGGAGGAGAGCAUUGCGGCCCCAUACCUCCAGUGAUGACCUGGCAUUUGGAAGGUACGCACCUUCGUUUGGACACUUAGCGUCCCGGGUUUCCCCUCCGCCAAGCGACAGCAAAAACACUGCAUUAGAAGCCAUAGGACUUUUUAAUGUUGGAAUGAUGGUAAUGGAGAAGGAAACAGAAACGAAAACAGAGAAAGACAAGAAAUCAAGCCUCAUGGAGCAGCUGUUUGGUGCCCAGACCAUUCCUGCUGGUGACAGUUUCAGUGCUUCCAAUAAAAUGAAGGUGCUUAAUAGCCCUCCAACAACCAACGGGGUACGUUCAAGACGGGAAGGUUUACAUCGCUUCAGUUCGGGUUCCUCUACACCUCCACCGUCUUCCAGUAUCAUCGACAAGGCUCUAAACGUUGCAGACAGUAAACCUGCCAUCCGUGCCAUCCCCUCCUUUGAUGACGACAUAGAGGAACUCACUUUAUAAAUAAAUAUUUCAGUGGCAGCCAGUGAGUGCAUUCUUUAACCAGGAUAUAACUCAGGUUGAAAUAAUGAUGAAGGGGACUCUUUUGUUUCUCGUCAAAUGAUGCGCAAAACAUUUUUUGUGCAGAACCAGCUCAAAUACAACAUGUCAAAUAUAUUCACACUGUAUUGACUGCCUACAGUGUCAAUGUAAGCAGUCAAUAAUGAAAUAUAACACUUAAACUUUGGGGUUACAUAUGGGAUUUCCUUUUAUUCUGUGCAUUUACUGACAUUAUGAAUUUUUAGUACACUUUUUCAUCUUGGCAACCUGAUAUUUAGAUCAGUUGUUUGGUUGAGGUGGGCCGGCCUUCACUCUGUCCCACUAGUGGAUCUGAAUGAGGUCUCCUAAACAAAAUUAUGUAAUAUUAUCAUUAUUAUAAUUAUUAUUAUACAUCUGUUCUAUAGAUGGAUUUUUAGUCUUUUGAUAGGUUAAAAUAUAAGAAUAUAUAUUUGAAAUAGUUAGACAAUCAGUAUGUUUAGAGUGCUCAUGAGCAUCUAUAAAUGUUUUUAGUGUAUUGGUGUUGUAUGCCCAGCUGUAACAGAAACAUUAUGACUUUUGUUAUGGCUUUCUUUAUCCUGCACUGAUUCCAAAGGCACAGACAACCAGCACUAACAUUCUCAUUUUGGGGGAUUUUUUAUUUUAUUUUAUUCGUUUGUAUACUUAAAAUUAUUUUUGAUCUUGCUAUAAUAUAAACCUGUCAGGGACUACAGAUGAUAAUUAGCCUGUUGGCUAAAUCUUGUCACAUUUUCAGGGUCUGUCCAUGGUAACAGAUGUUCAUAUUUAAAUACAUAAAUAAAAAUCCACCAUUUAUACAGCAACAUUGCACACAAGUGUAAGCACUCUCAGCCUGUCUUUAAUUGAAAUUUAAUUUUACUUCAUUUGUCAGGUAUUUAUAGGCUAUUUGGUACAUUUUUGUGAAAUUGUUUAUUCUUGUAGAUUGUGAUAUAUUUUUAAAUAAUUCCUGAACAAUAAAAAUGGCUUGACAGUU